AUGGAAAAUGAUAUCUUAAUAGAAAAAGAAAAACCUGAGGAAUCUGAAUCACCUCAAUCGGAAUUGCAGAUUCUGGGAAAUCUAAAUGGCCAGGCCUCUACUAGCGAAUCAGGGAAUCAGCCUGAUAAAGUUCCAGAGGUACAGGAUUUGAAUGCUGAGGCAUUAGCAGUUCUGGGUGAAAUAAAGAUAGAACAGGAAAAAGGUCCACCUCUUCACCCUGAAAUUGGAAACAGAUAG